AUGGCGUCAGGGCGCUCCCCUGGCUCUCAAACCCUGCAUCCCCCAAACCCUGAAGCUCGAAACCCCGAUGCGCCCGACGCUCCUCCGCUCGACUUUGAAGGAGUGACCGCAGCGAUCGCGGCGCUAGCGGGCGCCGUGCGCGCGCUGCCGGAGGAAGACGAUUUCCACUUCUACUGCAACUUCGCCGCAUUCCGCGCGCGCGUCUCCGCACUCCGCCACCGCGUGCGCGCGCUGCUCUCCCGUCUCGGCCCGCCUGCGCCGCCCGCCGCAUUGGCUUCCGCCGCAGGUGACCACGAUGACGAUGACGCUGACGUGGACGAUGUUUAUGAUUGGCUCGUCGAUGUGCUGGAUAACCGGCUGGAGAAGGUCGACGUGGCACUUGACGAGAUGCGGAAAAAGCGGAAGAAGGCGCAACCGGAUUGGCAGGGGCUGGAGGAAGAGGAGGCGGAGCAGCGGCGGGAAGCGCUUCUGCGCGAAGCAGGGUCGUUCGGCUCUGGCCUCGCGGACGCCGCCUUUUCCGCGCCCAAGGGGGGCGGAAAGCCGCAAGCUGGCGGAAGCAUGCCGGCUGCGGAGAUUGCCACGUCAGCAAACAGCUGGCGGCGCAGCUUGCGCGGGAAGAACCGGCCGCAGGACGAGUUCGAGCCGCCUGUUGACAACUCGGACGCGCCGCUCUCAUUGCCGCGCCUCGAGUUCAUCGAGGCGAUCCGGCGCGAGGCGGAAGCGGAAAGUCCCGGGGAGGAGAGCGCGGAAGAAGAGGGAAGCGGGGGCGGGCGGGGAGGGGGGGAGUUAGAAGAAGGGGAGGAGGUUUCGGAAGGAGAUGGGGUAAAUGAAGGUGCGGAGGGGGAGAAGAUCCGCGGAAGGGGAGAGGGGAGAGGCAGGGGGCCUCCGCGGCUGAAGUGGAGAGUGUUGAAGGAGCGCCAUCCGUUGUGGCACCGCCUUCGCCACAUCACCUACCAGCCCUGGCAGCUCUGCCCUCCGAACCUGCUGUCCCGAGCCACCACCACCAAACCAACCCCAGGCUCGGAACCACACCACCGACUGACCCCCCCACCUCCCUUGGAAGACACACCCUUCGCAUACAUCGAAACGCGAGAGCAGCUUGCGUCAAUGGCGGAGGAGAUUCAAGGCGAGAGGGAGGUGGCGGUGGAUCUGGAGAAUCACAACUACCGCUCCUUCCAGGGCUUCCUGUGCGUGCUGCAGCUGUCCACCAGGAGGAAAGACUAUGUGGUGGACGCUAUAUCCCUGCGCGCACACAUUGGACACCUGCUGGGGCCCAUGUUUGCGGAUACUCGCAUUGUGAAGGUGAGACCUCGAGAGCCACAGCUACUGGGUCAGGUCCUUCCAGGGCUUCCUGUGCGUGCUGCAGCUGUCGGCCAGGCGAAAGGAAAAGACUAUGUGGUGGACGCUAUUGCAUUGCGCGCACACAUUGGCCCCCUGCUGGGGCCGAUCUUUGCUGACACACAUCUUGCCGAUCUUUGUGGUGGUCAAGGCCUCAAGAGUGCUGGGCUUGGAGCGCUUCUCCCUGGCGCACCUGCUGCAGCGCUACUGCGGCGUGACGGCCAACAAGAGCCUGCAGAUGGCGGACUGGCGCGUGCGGCCGCUGCCGAGUGA